CAGGACACUGAAUGAGUAAGGGAGAAAUAGGUGCUUUCCACUCAGGUCAAAAGUCAGGACACUGAAAGGCUGGAACCGAGGUUAUAAGAACUCCUCACACUGACAAACGGGGCUCCUUAUUCUCUCGAGGUAGGGACACACACACGUUCUUUUUUCCAUCGCAAUGAUCAGGGACAGGCUGGCAGGAGGACUUCAUUUUUGAAUCUUCUUAUUUAAUUGGGUAGGACCCCUGCUGUAUUUGAUCGUUCCAUGUGGGUGGCCGUGCGGCUUUUAUUCCAGGAGUUUAUACAAGGACAUCUGGCCCACGGAACCAACACACCCCCGCCCCCCGCCCCACCGCCCUCCCCCCCCCCACCAUGAUCAGGGAAUCAGUGACGGUCGUCUGCCUUGCGCUCCUUCUGUCCUGUGCUUGUCGGGCCAAGCCGAACGGAUCAAAAAGCAAGAAACCCAAGCAAGUGGUUCCAGCCAUCGAGUGCGAUGUCAGAGCCGGAAAGAUUAGUCUCCCUGAAUUCAUAGUCAAAUGCCCCUCGCACUGUCGAGAGACCAAGCAGCAGGUGUAUGGCACAGGCGUGUUCGCCUCCAUCUCCAGCAUCUGCAACGCCGCCAUCCACAGUGGCGUCAUCACCAAUUCGGGAGGAAAGGUGAUUGUGAGGAAAAUGGCAGGCCAGAACACCUACAAAGGCAGCAACUCCAACGGCGUGCGCUCCCUGUCACUUCCUAAAUGGAGAGAAUCCUUCGUUGUCACAGAGGGGAAACCCAAGAAGGGCGUGAUCUACCCUUCUACCCUCGACUUUGUUCCUUCAAGACCAACGUAUGUGAAGAUAAGUCAAAAGGACAAAGCCCCCGCGGUUAGCACUCCGCUUCCGACAACAGCAGCACCUGAACCCACCAUGACGACACCUGAACCUACCACCAUCGUCCCCACCACCCAGGCUCCAACGACCACCACAACGCCUCCUCCUCCACCGCCCCCUACCACUCUCAAAACCCGCGCUGCCGUGCACAAAGUCAGAGAUGCAGGCAGCGGUCACCCAUACCUUGCCUCUGUAGCAGCUGCAAGACAAUCACAGAAUGCUCAAGGCAAGAGCCCCAGCCAAGUAUUCCGUGGGAGUGCCUAUCCAAAUAGAUACCCACAGCGUGCCAGUGCAGGUCUGCGCAGACCAGAGGCAGGUUCGCCUAUGCGGAGACAUUCGUCCUCUCCAAUUGGCCCAGCCUUUAACAGAGGUCAGCCAAUCCCACAGGAGCGGACCCCAAUCACAAGCCACUCUAAUCCUGUUUUUCCCAGGAGGGACCGGGCCCCUCCGCCCUUCCCUCGUCCCGAAUGGUUCCCUGGAGCCAGACGAUCAUCAGAUGGUAUUUAUGCAGCACCAGACUCAGGAUAUACGUGGAGUGAGACGGACACACCUGAGAUGACAGCUCAGGAUCACAGGCCCGAUAUCUCAGACUUUGAGCGCUGGUAUUAUAACUUUGGAUCAUACCUGUCACGAUCCACUGACUUGGAAGGCAACCGCCAAGCGCCGCUGGAUACAACCCAUACGAGAGUGGAGACAGUGGAUGAAUGGAGGCCAGAUGCAAACCUUUAUGAAUCAGGCUUCAGUAUGAGAGAGCAGGCCCAUGCGCCCAGAGCACCUGAACAUGUGUCCCAGGGAGACCCAGACUGUAAGGUGGACCUGGUCUUCCUGAUGGACGGAAGCUGGAGCAUCGGUAAGCGACGUUUUAAGAUCCAGAAGGACUUCCUGGCUGAGGUGGCUCAGGUCAUCAACGUCGGCGUGGCUGGACCCAUGAUGGGCGUCAUUCAAUAUGGGGACGACCCUGUGACAGAGAUCAACCUGAAGAGUUACUCCAACUCCAGAGACGUGAAGACGAGCAUCGCUAAGAUUGUGCAGAAGGGAGGCCUCUCCAAUGUGGGUAAGGCCCUCGCCUACGUCAACAAGCUCUACUUCAGUGAUGCCAACGGGAACCGAGGAGGAGCUCCCAACGUUGCCGUGGUGCUGGUGGACGGCUGGCCCACCGACAAGGUGGACGAGGCUUCUCGGCUGGCGAGGGAGUCCGGCAUCAAUAUCUUUUUUGUCACCAUCGAGAGUGCCGACGACAACGAGAAGCAAAACCUAGUGGAGGCCAAUUUUGUAGACAAGGCUGUGUGUCGCACAAACGGCUUCUUCUCCUUGCCCGUGUCCAGCUGGUUCGCUCUGAGGAAAACAGUGCAGCCUCUGGUGAAACGAGUGUGCGACACAGACCGACUGGUUUGCAGCAAAACCUGCCUCAACGCCAACGACAUCGCCUUCGUCAUCGACGGCUCCAGCAGCGUGGGUACUGGCAACUUCCGCACGGUGCUCCAGUUUGUGGCCAACAUCACGCGCGAGUUCGAGAUCUCCGACACGGACACGCGUGUGGGCGCCGUGCAGUACACCUAUGAGCAGAGGCUGGAGUUCGCCUUCGGCCAGCACAACACCAAGGCCGAGCUGCUCAACGCCAUCAAACGCAUCAACUACUGGAGCGGAGGCACCAGCACGGGAGCUGCCAUCACUUACGCAGCCGAGCAGCUCUUCAGCAAGUCCAAGCCCAACAAACGCAAAAUUAUGAUUGUUAUCACAGACGGACGCUCCUAUGAUGAUGUUAGAGCCCCUGCAUUGGCUGUCCAUAGUCAAGGUGUGAUCGCCUACUCCGUCGGCAUCGCCUGGGCCGCCCAGGAUGAGCUAGAGUACAUUGCCACCGACCCCGACAAGGAGCACUCCUUCUUUGUGGACGAGUUUGACAACCUGUACAAAUUUGUGUCCAAAAUCACCCAAAACAUUUGCCAAGAGUUCAACUCCCAGCCAAGAAACUGAGGACGAGUGUCGGAGUGGCGGAUCGUGUCGGGCUGUCCUGACAGAACACUGACUGUAAAUUUACUCUUGCUAUUGGCCACAUGUGCCACAUUAGCUGCAGCUCCCCGUAUUGGAAAAGAGGGGGAGUGCUCAUUUAGGUGAGGAUCGUGGGUUCACCACUGAAUUAUACAGUAUGUGCUACUUGUUGUCUUUUCACUGCAUGAAGAAAGCAGCAUUUUCCUAAUCCUGUUAAUGGAUCAAAAUGAUGUACCGCUCUCUAUUCAGCUUUUAAGAACAGUAUUACUCAAUUCAAUCAAUAUAAAAUGAACUAUUCAGCUAUAGUGCACAAACAAAAUAGUAGUUUGAGAGAAAUUGCCAGAAACCCACCCAGCUUUAUCCUUUAUUAUAAAAUGGCGUCUUCUUUGUGCUGCAAUGACAAAUCUAUGCUAAUAUUUAGGGCCACCUUUGUGUACUGAUUUUUACUAAAAUAUUUCUCACUUCUAUACUCGUAACUACAAGUUACUGAUCCUGCUUUAAUAACACUAUCAAAUGAUCUGUACAAGUGCAUUUUAAUCUGUCAGUAGUUCAAAAAGUGAAAGUCAUAUAUAUUCAUUAAACAGGAAAUUUGAAAUAAAUUGAAUAUGGUUAGCUUCCGUCUAAUUUUUAUAUUGAAACUCAUUUUGAUUGUUUCUUAGGUAAUAUUCUAAUCCCUUGUGAUGGUUAAAUUGGGGUUUUCUGUAGCUGUAAACUGUAUUAUUUUCAGUGAUUUUCAGAAUAUGAGUUUGACUUUUUGCAUUGAACUGAAAUGAACAUUCCAUGAUAUUAUUGUAUGGGGAUGCAUACCGGUGUAGUCUGUGAAGCAUCGUUAAGGCAAACUGUUCAUAACUGGUGUAUUUUUUGAAUAUGGUACCAAAAUGUAAAGCUGCAGUAUCUUAUUGGGAUGUGGUUCUACCAGAAAGAAAAGUAGACUUUUGGUACACACGGCACUUCCUCUUGUGGCUACUUUGCGCUUUUUCUGAAGUGAUGCAUGUUCUUCGUAACAGAAGAGAUUUGCUAGUAGUGACACUGUGUUGGUUCCUUUCGCAGACUUUUUCUUGUAUUGUGUUGGCAGGAAAGGUUGUUGGAAUGAGGCUUACGUGCACUGCAUGAAUUAUUUCCUUAACAGUGUGGUUAAUUUCAAACAUCUUUUGUCUAAAGAGUAUUUAUGAUCGUCUCCCUAUUUGUACAUAUUCAGAUCAAAGCAUUUGCUCACAAUAGUUUUUUUUGUGCAAGUUUUGAUAAAAUAAAGAAAAUGAAGAACUGUU